GUCAUAUGUGAGGGUAUUCUGUGUAUAUACGUCACUGGUUGGAUGGCGUUGUCUUCUGACAGUUACAUCAAAAAGGAUGCCUUGUCAUCUCUUGAAGACUUGUGUGUCAGAUACGUGUGCAAGAAUUUAAAUGUUUUAACGUAUUUAAGUAGUGAAAACUGUGAAGUUAAACGAAAAUGGAGAUUCCCUUAUCCAGGUUUUCGUCUGGUUGCCCGUCCUUCGCAAAAGAUCUUGCUACAACUUUGCAAACGAAACGCCCUAGAUGACGACCGGAUGAGUCUUUUUAAUGCUGACAGUGUCGACCUUAUGUCUCCAGUUAUAAAGGAAGCUAAUGUCAGCCCAUCAUCCUUAAAAGUACUCAAGGAAUUUCGUCUGUAUAGCCUUUCUGCCAUGAAUCUAACCAAAGUGAAUCUAAAUACCAUCAUAAGUUGUCUUGGCGAGUGGACUGUUCAGAACCUAAUGUGCCUCAAUAUAUCCGGGACUUCUAUUCUAUGUGAAACUCAUUUACCUAUACUAGUUGCGCUCGGAAGGUUCAAGAAUCUUAGCGUUCUUAAUGCAAGUAGGACUGAACUAAAUACCCAGUCUUUACAAAUUAUUGCUGAUGACCUUUUAAAUCUUCGUUAUCUAAACAUUUCCCGAACACGAGUAACAGAUAUUACUCCCCUACUAAAUAUACGCGAUCGUCUUAAUGGUUUGAUCAUGCAUCGCUUGCAAUUGGAAACGACGGAAGAUAUGGCGAAGUUGCUGUGCACUGUAGUGGAACUCCACCAACUGCGCAUACUUGAUGUAUCUGACAAACCGCGAAAUGCUGUUGGCAGAUACGAUGCUGUCGAUAAAUUUUGCUCGCCAGAGGCCUUGCCAUUCUUAGAGCAUAUUGAUUUGUCAGGAAACCAAUUUGGGCUGAAACUUAGUGAUGCAAGAGCCUUUGUUGAGAGCCAUCCUAGACUUACGUACGCUGGGUUUGCAUCCUGGCUUUCAAGUCAUGAAGAUGAGUUGGAAGGAAUAUACAAACUUUCUCAACAGUAUCCCCACAUAACGAUGUUGGGAGAUAGAGGGGACCAACUUUUGUUAAAUACUUUGACGCGUAAUAAGGAUAGAGCUUUCUAUCUUCAACAUGCUCUCCAUAGUAUUUUUGACGCAACUAGCAAUCGUGAAUCUGUCAAACCAGAUAUUCUGCAAGCUGUUUUGCGCGUAAUGAGGCUACAUUUACGCAGAAUGGAAAUGAUAUUGGCAGGAACUGCUGUCAUUUACAACUUAACUCGGAGUGAACAAAGCAAUCAGUUACCUAUAGAUCUACUAAAUCGUGCAGUACGUAUGACUUUAACGGCAAUGGAAAAGUUCCCAGACAAUAGACAGUUGCAAAAGAAUUGCUUUUUAACAUUAUGCAGUGACACUGUACUUUAUCGUGCUACCUUCAAUUGUAUACAAUGUUGUGAACUGGUUUUUAACAACCUGCUGUCGUUUGAUGAUAUUCAUAUGAAGCGUAUGGGUGUAGCAAUUAUUUCUAUACUAGCUGCAGAAAUUUCAACAUCUGGUCUAUCAGACUUGGUAAAAGACCCUAGAAGAAUUGAAUGUUUUCUGAGUUAUGUUGCUGACAAAUGCCUCUUAGUGUCAGAUGUCCCAGAUCUUGGUUCAGCCUUACGAAGUUAUAUGCCACAGUUACGCCUACGCACUGUAGGAGCACCAAUCUUUGAUACUACAUUAAGAUUCACUUUAUCCGCUUUAUGGAAUCUCACUGAUGAAUGUCCAGAAGCUUGCUUAAGAUUUGUUCGUCAGGGUGGUCUAAUCAUAUAUGAAAAGGUCCUUAAACGAUUUGCUGACCAAAGUGAAGAGACUAAAAAUCAUGUCUAUACCAAGUGUCUGGGUCUACUUAAUAAUGUAGCAGAAGUCGAGCAAACACGUGAAUCGUUAUUAAAAGAAAGUCUAAUGAACUUCUUUUUCAAAAUGCUUAGACAUCCUUGUAUCCAGAUAAGUUAUUUUGCUGCUGGUAUUAUUGCGCAUCUGUCAUGUUUAAAAGAUGAGAUAUGGUUGCGUAAUAUUCAGUCAAGUCGUGAAAGUUAUGUGAAAUUAUUGGGUCAAGCUGUUUGUAAUUGGCAACCGCCACAUUCUGAGAUGGUCGCUUAUCGCUCUUUUGAACCGUUUGGUCUGUUAGUUUUGCAUCCAGAAAGUCGUUUAGAGAUACAUUUGUGGGCUGUUUGGGCUAUACAUCAUAUAUUAACCAGAAAAGAAUCCGACUUCCUAUAUCUAAUCUUUCCUAUUACAAGCGAUACUGUCAGUACUUCCACUUCUCCGGGAUUUGCCUUAACAAUUUGAUCUCACCGUGCUGAUGUGUGGAAGCUCGAACUGCUGAAUAUAUGUAUCAGUUUCUACGUUGUUUUUGAGAAUACUGCAAAACCGUUCAUUUUAUAUAUAUACACCACAGGACUGAUUGGUUACAAGUUUUCAUGAUUUAUCGAAUUUUUGUGUCUUUUUCGCUACUCGAAUGCAUGUAAUACAUUUUUUCAUAAAUAAAACGGAAUGUUCUACUAGAUUUCAGUUCAUUCGAUUUUACUGAUUUAUUGUUAACAAAGGUUGAAUAAUUUUGUGGUACCAAUAACUAUAUUCUCCAAUUAGUUUUUUUGCUUGUGUUUGGUCAAUUCAAAUAUCAAAUGUCUGUCCCACGGUUUUCUCUUUACGUUUGAAUUUUUUUUGUAUAUUUCGUCAUCAAGUAUAUUAGCAGUUUUGCUUUUGUUCCCCUUUCUUUUCUAGAAACGCGUUAUGUACCGGUUUUAUGUGAAUGUCAACCACUGUUAUCAUUUCUAAGAUUAGUUGUUUCUUUUGAUGAAGGAGUUUUAUGCGCCCAUAAUUUACAACGACAGUUAUCUGAUCAAGAGCCGCGUAGUAUAAAUACUGAUUUCCAUGACAAUGAUAAUGUCGAGAAUAAUAACAAUUAUUGUGUGAAAAACAGUGAUCCGAUGAAGUAUUUAACUACUUCAUCUAAUGUUAUUCGUCCUCAACCUCCAAGUGUAUAUUCUCCUUCAACAGAUUCUGAUGUUUUCUCAGAAGUACCUGCUCUAUGUGAAGCAGCUGCCGGUGAUUGUUUCAUGUCAGAAAGUCAACAGACGCAAUCUUCAAGACAGUCGUCAACAGUUACACAUGUCGAACCUGUAGGACAAAGUGCAGAAGGUGUUGCAGCGUUUGUAGGACCUGAUGAAUCUCAACUUGCUUGUGCUAGACUUAUCCGUAAAAUGGCUUCAGAAAUACUUGCGUCUGUUGAUCGAACUUUACCAACAUUACAGUCUACUUCUAUUCAUAAUUAUAACAAUAACAGACAUUGUGAUCUGCCUGCAUCUCAUUGUUAGAAAAAACGUAAUAUCAUUUAGCGUUAGUAAUCGGCUAACAUCAUUUUAAUUUCCCACACUGAAUUCGGUUUGACUAUUAUUAUUGUGUCCAUGAUUAUUUUGACACAUCCACUAAAUUAUGUAACUAAUCCAUUGAUCUAUCAUUGUAUUUUCCACAUGUUUAAUCUUCAACAUAUUAAUAUUCAUCAUCACUGUCGAAGUUCAGUGCACAUUGUUUACAAUAUGAACCAGUAUAUAUAUAUAAUCCAUUAGUAUUCAUAUCAUAAGGGAAAAAAUAAUCCAUUUCACACCUUAAUUGUCUUUCAUGUAAUUAAAUUCACCCUGUUUAUGUCACGGAAAAAUAGGACAUUAUCGUCUAUUCAAUUAUAACAACACGUGAUUAUAACUGUUAUUACAUAUUUACACAUAUAAAUAAUAAUUACUGUUAAUUAGACUAGUAUUGGUACCAAUUUUGUUAAUAAUAAUAGUACUUGUACACAGGUCUGUAGAUUUAUCUAAAACGAAUUUUCUUAUUGUCGUGAGAAACUAUUGUAUUGUUCAUAUUCCAUACAUAUUGUGUUGAAUUACAUGUGUAAAUUUUGUUUGUUGUUGUUAGAUAAUGAUAAUUAUGCUAUUGUUAUUAUUCUUGUUCACUUUAUCAUUGUUGUUUCUUUUUCUCUCUAUGUAAUAUUUCCUCAUUUUUUCGCACAAAAUUUAAUGUUUAUUUUUCUUUAAAUGAACUGUAUUCUUAAGGCUUAAUCUCAUUUUUUUUGUAAUGAUUUAAAUUGCAUUUAAAGAGAGUCUGUUUUAAAUUGCUGUUUAUUUUAUAGCUAUACAGAUUGAUUGAAUACAAUGCAUGAUUCACCUUGGUAGAUUAAUUGACCUAUACACAUAUACGAUGAUAUAUGCUAAUUUAAAUGCGUAUGUACAUUGUUGAAUGUACUCUAGAUAUUCUCUUGCAUCGAUAUUGAUUCCUUUUUCUUCUCCCUUGUGUAUGCAUGCUUAUCUAUUUUCAUGUAACUAUGGUUUUUCAAUGUCGAUAUAAUUUCAUUAUUAAUUUAUUAUAAUUGUUUUUGUGUUUAAUUACUUCUUAACCAGUUUCUGAUCGUAUUUUAAUCGAGAAAAACAAGGAAAUUCCGUUAUAAAUAUUGUGUAUUCAUUGAUUACAAAUGCAAACUAGCAUACUUAGUUUGUGUGUGUUUGUUCAUGAUUGAACGUAAUUUAACUAAACAAUCAAAAAAUAUCUUUAUAUGAAAAUUUUGUUGAUAAUCUGGUAUCUCACCAUCCAUCUUAUUCAGUUGUUAAUACUCUGAACUCUUUCUUGACUUGUUAUUCUUUUUAUGGUUGGUGUAAAUGUUUUUAAUGAAAUAAUCAUGGUCGUAUUUUUUGACACGGAACUAGUAUAAUCAUGCACACAAUCGAUGCAUAUAUAUUUAAUGAUUGGUCGGUGACAUAUAUUAUUUUUUGACUGCUUAAGCUUCUCUUGUUUCUAUUAAAUAUCGAAUAUUGUUUACCAAAUGAAGCAAACCAUUCCAUUUUCAUAGAAAGCAGGGAACAUGAUAACUUGUGGUAUGCUCUUGCAGUGAAUACAGAUCUACUAUGCAUUUGCUAGAUUCGUCAAACUUGUUAUUUGUGAAUGUGAAAAAGCAAUCAUUUAUGAGUAUGAUAUCUUUACCAUUGAGACAAGGAAUAUAAUUGUGAAGAGGAUAAUAUUUUGAUGGGAGUUGUUCAUGUUCGAAAAGUGGUUUCGUUCUCCAUUUCAGCCGAUAUUAUUCUUAUGUUUCCAGUGAUUAUUGAUCAUCUACCUUUCAAUUAACAGUCUAAUACAAUUAAGCUUGAAUUGUAGUGACGUAGCGAGUUCGAAAUGUAAUGAAUAAUUGUAAAAUCUUGAUUCUGUUAUCAUAACUAAGAGAUAUAAUGUGAUAUUUCUCGAACUGCGUCUAAGUCCUUCUAACUUUAUUUUGUGCGUACAUAUCUUUGAGCUGUUCCUUUUCCUUUUAAUGAGCCAUUUGACCCUUAAAGCGUUAGUUGGUGUUCUUGACAAAAAUCUUCGUGAAAUAGAAACAAAUUUGCUGAAAAGAAUUGAUGAUUGUUAGAUGUGACAAGCAUCGUUAUUUGUUUUAUAUGAGGUUAUCAGUCACAGAAAUGUAUAUUUCGCGUUCUUCGUAUUAUGAAUUCAAUAUGAUUUCGCAUUCUUUGUGGUUGGAUUAAGACGAUUCAUUUUCCUAACUAGAUUCCCGUAUAUCUACCAUGCUAAUUUUUUCAUGUUUUUGUAUAUGAUUUGCAUGUUGUGAAUAAAUUUAAUAUAUCCAUAUAUAUC